UUAUAUUCCAUAGAUAUCUAAAGGGUGACAAUCAUUUGAAGGAGUAGGAUACCUACAAAGCGAAGAUCCACAGUAGAAAAUGUCUGAGACCAUUCGCAAGCAUUAUCACGAUGAUGAAUUUGAUGCCAAGGAGUUUCUUAAUACUCAUUUUUCUCCUGAUAAGACCAGUAUAAUCGAAGAAAGCCUGGGCUUUCCUACAAGGAUCAUCCAUGAGUUGGCUUCUACAGGGCAGCUGAAAGGAGACAAGUUACUUGAUAUCAGCAUGGGGUCCAUAUUAUACCAACUCUUUUCAGUCAGCAAUAAUUUCAAAGAGAUCUAUGUUGUGCAGAUGAAUGAUGACAGCUUCACACACUUCAAGCAAUGGAUGGACAAGGACAACAAAGCCAAUGAUUGGUCACAUGCUGCCAAACGAGUCUGCCAUCUUGAGGGUAACAGACAAGGGUGGAAGGAGAAGGAAGACCAGCUGAGAAAAGAAAUUAAAGGGGUUUAUAAGUGGGACAACCAUGAAACCAAUGGCCUGGAUCCUGAGGUGGUGCCACAGGUGGAUUUCGUCCUCAGCCUAUGGAUAAUAAAUGCUAUCAGUAAAACAAAGGAAGACUUCCAGAGGAACCUGGAGAGAUUCACAUCCAGACUGAAACUUGGAGGCCAGGUGCUGCUGUUUGUGGUGCUGAACAUGACCUUCCACAAGGUGGGCAACCAUCGCUACUUUAUGCUGACCUUGGACGAGACAGAAUUACAAGAACUCAUAAUUAAAGCCGGCUUCGCCAUUGAAAAGUCAUCUGUCAUUACAGCUGUGGAGCCCAGUGAUAAUGUUGACUACAGCCAUCUGAGUUUUGUCCUUGCUCGCAAAGUGAAAGGAGCCUGAAAACCAAAACCCAGAGAUCUCAUCUCAUUGUGGUGAACCAAACUUACAUCAUUAAUACAAUAUAUAAUAAAGUUUGCCAUUUCCUGAAA